AUGAACUUUGGAGACACGUUCGGAGACUCUUGUGGGGGCAACAACGCCCUCAACAAGCUUGCACGGCGUGCAAACAUUGAUACAUCAGUUACAAACCAGCUAAGGACGGGCAGCGACGCCUCGCAGUUCUUGAAACCUACUUACCGGUCUGUUGAUCAGCGGCUUGAGACAGGCUAUCGCGAGUUCCAACAGCAAGGUUCGUCCUCUUUCCAGCCCGAACUGCCCGGAUUUCUCCCAGAACAGGGCCAGUGGAUCGACCGGUUCCGCGAGAUGAACUUGGACGGAAAUGCGCAGUCUCUCCACUUUGAGCAGCCGAGUGCAAAUUCUUCCUUGACUCCGUCUGCGUGGAGAAACGAGUUUUUACAGAACAACCAGCAUGUCCAGCAACAGCAACAGUAUACUCCAGGGGGUCACACUGCCUCUUACCGUCCGCAAACGCAGUUUUCCGCUCCGAUGGUGCAGAUGCCCCGCCAGGCAUCGGCCCCGCCUCCACAGCAGGACUACUCUGCCGUGGACGCCGCGUUUGAGGAAAUCGAGGACCAGCUCGCACAACAGCCCGUGAACACUCUCCCGCAGGAGUCUGCUCUUCAGCCCACCAACGAGGAGGACAAGAUCAAGUUCGCACAGCUCGCCAAAUCCGUCUUUAUGACCAUGUCCAAGCCCCCAAGCGACGUUUCGCAGGAAACAAACGCCAAGUUCCAGAACUCAAACUUCCUCAAGCUCAUGAGCAGGAUAUCCACCCGCGAGGUGGAGAUCAGUGAGCAAAAGGACAAGUUUAUCGAUUCGCAGGGCAGAGACAUCAGAGACAUGCUCCCUGAUCCGUUGAAAGACAUCAAACAGGAAGGGCUUGCUUCGCUCGGCCCGUUCGACUCUGCACAACAAGUCUACUCUCAAAUGGGCGAGGAACUAAGACCCAGCAUGUGGCAAUAG